CCUAUUUUCUCACUGUUUUUCCCACUCUUUCUCAUGUCCCUGAAGGCAUCAAGAUCACUUGAGGCAUAUGUCUAUGACUUGAGGCGCGCCCCCCAAACGUCAAGUAACCCCGCCCCCUCGGGUUUUGACAGAGUACGUCAGCCAAUCAGAUUCACCGGAACGUUACGCGUACGUGCUGGACACGCACACACGGUGACUACGUGCCAGUUUGGGUGUUGGUGUCAAUAGUACGCGGUUGUGAUUGUGAUAUUUAUUUAUUUAUUUUUUAAAACUUGUCCUCGAGCCUGAAACACACCUCUGUCCCCGUAGUGUGUGACGUAACCUCGCUCGUUCCACAGUAAGUGUGUGGAAUGCGGUUGAACCCGCGUGUGAGUAUGCUGCUAGCUAACUUUAGCGUCUGAAUCCGGGCUGGUGAAGUAUCUCGAGCGUGACCAAAUACGGCUAGUUGGACAAAUAGUUAAAUCAUUAUCAAGCUGUUUCGUUACUUUCCUGGGUUACCACCGGAACCGGAGAGCACCCGGGUCGCGGUAGAGCUCGGGAGGUCUCUGUGUGGUGGUGACCUUCUUCGGCAGCUGUGAGUGUGACUGACAUGACGCGCCGUGGUCGCGCUGCAGCACCUGUAGUCGGACCCUGAGCUGAGUCUACGGUCGUGUGUGUGUGUGUGUGUCCGUCCUCCCUCUUCCCCGUGAGAAUGAGUCGCGGUUCGGCUGUGAACCUGCUGUGUCUCGGCAACCGAGCUGUCAGCGUCCUGUACGGAAGCCCCCUCCGCUCCCUCCUCCACAUAUCAGCGCACAACGCGGGGUCACUGAAGCCGAGAUCCGGGUUCAGACCGGAGAAAGUGGCCGUGGUGACGAAGACGACCCGGUACGAGUUCGAGCAGCAGCGGUAUCGGUUCGCUGGACUCUCCGAGGAUGAUCUGAAACAGCUGCUCGCCAUGAAGGGCUCCAGCUACAGCGGCCUGCUGGAGAGACACAACAUCCACACCAACAAUGUGGAACACAUAGUGAAGAGCCUGCGGAGCAAAGGCAUCAACGUGCGAGUGGUGAAGAGAGGAGAGUACGAUGCAGAAGUGGUGCGAUGGGCAGACGCCAUCAUCUCUGCUGGAGGUGACGGGACAAUGCUACUUGUUGCCAGUAAGGUUUUAAGCAAGGACAAACCAAUUGUUGGAGUAAACACUGACCCUGAGAGGUCAGAAGGUCACCUGUGUCUGCCCGUACGGUACACUCGCGCUUUCCCCGAGGCGUUGGACAAACUCUUUCGUGGUGAGUUCAGGUGGCUUUGGCGUCAGAGGAUCCGCGUGCACUUGGAGGGAACGGGAAUCAACCCGGCGCCGGUGGAUCUCCACGAGCAGCAGCUGAGCCUAGAGCAGCACAACCAAGCUCACCGCAACACCGCCGCGGACAACCAGAGGAGGCCAGGAGCUCUACACGAGACCGUCUCCAAGCCCUGUCUCCUCCCGGUCAGGAGCCUGAAUGAAAUCUUCAUCGGAGAGUCUUUGUCGUCCAGGGAGAAGUUUAAACCCUUCAAACACCAUGUUAACCAUUUGCUUCAUAGGGCUUCGUACUAUGAGAUUUCUGUGGACGACGGCCCGUGGGAGAAGCAGAAGAGUUCAGGUCUCAGUAUCUGCACAGGAACUGGAUCCAAGGCCUGGUCAUAUAACAUCAACAAACUUGCUGAACAAGCUGUGGAGGAGGUUUUAAAAAUAGGAAAGUUCCUCUCAGGUCUUGAUAUUCCACUUAAUCGUGAAUUUAUUGAGAGAGUCACUGACAGAUACAACGAGGCUCUGGUGUUUGCGCCGGACGACAGACGUCUGCUGUACAGCAUCAGAGAGCCCAUCGUUAACAGAGUCUUCUCCAACAGUCGACAGAGAGGCUUCGCCAGCAAAGUGUGCGUCCGCUCCCGCUGCUGGGACGCCUGCAUGGUGGUCGACGGCGGGACGUCGUUCGAGUUCAACGACGGCGCCAUCGCCACGAUCAGCAUGAGCGGGGACGAUCAGCUGAGGACUGUGGUUCUACAGAACUGAGGCCAGUCGGUGCUUUUAACCUCCACAAGUGUUAAAUAUCUUAAUUCCUCACAGAGAAACAGGUGUUGAACGUUAAUAUUGUUUAAUCAAACGUGUGAUUUAAAUUUCUAAAUCGUUUUUUUUUUCCCCCAAAUGAUUUCUUUAAAUCUCACUUUAGUGUUUUGGUUUUGAACCUUGAUGAUCAUGGCUUUGACAAUGAUGGUUGUAACGCUGGGAGACCUGACGAUUGUGACACUACCCCCCCAUUUAAAGGGAUAGUUCUGUUUAGUUUUUUUGCCAUGUGGUUGUUUGAGUCAUUUAGGAAGGAUACAAUAUAUGCCAGACUAAGUCUUCAGAAUACUUUUGCUGCUUUAUCUCACUGUUAGACGGCGUUAUGUCAACAGGAAACAGACACUUGUGUGACUUUGUAACGCGCUCACUCUCCCACACCAAAUCCCAUUGAGAAAAUGAGUGAUUUUACCUCACAGCUCACAGGAGUUGUUUAUCACUUUUGCCUCCAUUGAAAAGUUGAAGUGUUUCAUUCGUUUGACUUCAGUAUUUGAAAGACUUUGUUUGGAUUUACCUCCAAUGAAAAAAUUACCAAAGGAGGCAGCAGUGGACCAGCAGCCCCCGCGUCACCUGUAAGCUAAAAAUGACGACUUUCUCUAUGGGCUUUGGUGUGGGAGAGUGAGCGCUUUACAAAGUGAUGCAAACAGUGAGAUGAAGUGGUGAACAUAAGCAGGAGACAUCGUAAACUUCAGAAAGCACAGAUUUGAUCUAAAAACGGUCGCUGCCUUGUACAACCACACGUCCAAAAAAUAAACCUGAACUCUACUGUUAACCACUGAGCAUCGACUUAAGCCCAAAACACAGACCUUUAAAACACAGUACGGUGUGAAAAUAGUGCAACUUUCAGUCAUGUUUCAGACAAAGAUUGUUGUGAUGAUGAGAGAAAUAAUGUGAAUCCAAUUGUUACUUUUCUUACUAUGAUAUUUUUGGCAGAGGGUUUAUUUUUUCAUAGUGGUUGGUUGGUUGGUUGGGUGUUUUUAAAAAUAGAAGAAAAGAAGAAAAAGAGAAGAGAAGCUGGGAGGAACGACUGAAGUGCACUAAAAUCAGAAUGUGAAAGGGAACAGUUUAAGAUUUGUCAAGUGUGGAUGUUUGACGCGGUCCCUCAUGAACAAAAGAAAGACUGUAAAGGUAAGAAAAUGAUUUUUGCUGCUUUGUCUCACUGUUAGACGGCCUAUUCUAGCUGGAAAUACCAAAUUCCAUAGAGAAAAUCACAGGGACACCAGCCGCUUUACUACUGCUGCCUCUUGUGGUAGGUUUGUGUUACUGCGGUCAAUCUGAACGAAGAAUUCCAAACACCGAAGUCCCAAAAUAAAACAAGUGACUGAUGGAGGCGGCAGUGGAUCAACAACUCCUGUGUGCUGCGAUGUAGAAAUUGAUUUGAUUUUGCUGUUGAAAAAGUCUAUCUCACAGUGAGAUGAAGAAGUAGAAAAUAUUCUAUUUAUUUUUUCUUUUGGAAAACUGUCCAUUUAGCUCCAUGUUUUAGGUCAAUCCUUCGUCUUGUAACGGUCACAAGAUGGAAAAAAAAAUGAACAAAACAGUUAUCUGAUGUAUCUGAUGUGAGCUGAUCAAAAAAGAAGAAAAGAAAGCUUUAAGAAUGGACCUUGGUGACUGAUGGGGUUGGGACAGUGUGUGAUGUACACGCUGUGGUGCCACUACGUCAUACCACAUCACACCAGCAGGGGUUGUUUACAGAUAAGACAUUGUAUUAUGCAGCGUGCCAAAGGCAGCGCCUCCUUGUGGACAUGGUGAUGUGUCACUAAAUGUAAAUAUGUUUUUGUUUAAAUUGGAUAAAAGUGGUCUGGAAAUUAAA